AUGAGUGAUUCAGUGAAUGAAAGAGGAAUAUUUCAUGACAAGGAGAAGGCAAAAAGUCAACAGCAAGCAGCAAGCAGCCUGUUGCACUUUGUCCUGCUGGGGUUUUCGGAACUUCCAGAGCUCCAGGGCUUUCUGUCUGGGGUGUUCACCAUCAUUUACUUGGUUGUGCUAAUUGGAAACAGCCUCAUCAUCACCGUAACAAUCCUGGACCCUGCACUACAGAGACCCAUGUAUAUUUUCCUGGCAAAUUUUUCCUCUUUGGAAAUCUGUUAUGUUUCAGUCACUCUCCCUAGGAUUCUCUUUGACCUUUGGACUCAGAAGAGAAACAUUUCUGUGCUGGGCUGUGCCACACAACUGUGUUUCUUCCUUAUGCUUGGAACCACUGAGUGCUUCCUGCUGGCCGUGAUGUCCUAUGACCGCUAUGUGGCCAUCUGUCACCCUCUGCACUAUCCUCUGCUCAUGAACCCAAAGAAGUGUGCUCAGCUGGCAGCUGCCUCCUGGCUGGGUCCAGUUCUUGUGCAGAUAGGGCAAACGUGCCAAAUCUUCUCUCUGCAUUUCUGUAAGUCCAACCAAAUCGCCCACUUCUUCUGUGACAUACCCCCCAUUCUCAAGCUGGCCUGCGGGGACACUUCUGCUCAGGAGGUGUCUGCCUAUGUGUUAACACUGCUGGUUGGUGCUGUCCCCUUCAUGCUGAUCCUUGCCUCUUAUUGCAAAAUCGUUUCCACCAUUCUGAGGUUGCCAACAGCUCAAGGCCGGGCCAAGGCCUUCUCCACGUGCUCUUCCCACCUGCUGGUUGUGUUGCUCUUUUUUGGAUCGUCUACCAUUACUUACUUCAGACCAAAGUCCAGCCAUUCUGCCAGAACUGACACACUGCUGUCUCUCUUCUACACUGUCGUGACCCCCAUGUUCAACCCCUUCAUUUAUAGCCUGAGGAACAAGGAUGUGAUUGUGGCACUGAGAAAAUUAUUUUUUAAAAACACAGUGCCAUGA